AUGACAUAUAACGCAGCUCUUACUGUAAAGAAAAAUGACCAGGUAGGUCGUUAUGCCGUUGCCAGCCGUGAUUUAAAAGCGGGGGAAUUAAUCCUGACAGACUCUCCCUUCGCAUAUGGACCAAAAUCGGAUUCUUGUCCCUUGUGUCUUGGAUGUUCCGUGCCCGUGGACUGCAGCAACUUAUGUUCAAAGUGUUCAUGGCCCGUAUGUAAUUCAGAGUGCAAAUUUCUUUCCGUACACAGUGAAAAUGAGUGUGAAGUUUUUGCAAGUGCUAAAGUGAAAUUUCAACCACUUGAAGAUCCUACGGAUGUAUGUCUUCAGUACGAAUGUAUAACACCAUUGAGAGUUCUUCUUGCAAAAGAAAAGGAUCCCAGACGAUGGGAAGAAGAAGUGGAAAUGAUGGAAACACAUAACGAAUUGCGCAGGACAAAACCGAUCUGGUACUUCAACCAGGUGAACAUUGUGGAUUAUCUUAGAGGCCCUUGUAAACUGAAUCGUUUUUCUGAAGAUCUCAUCCACAGUGUGUGUGGUAUGCUUGAUGUAAACAGUUUCGAAGCGAGGGCUUCUUCAGGGUAUUUAAUCCGUUGUUUGUACCCCAAACUUGCAGUAAUGUCACACGAUUGCGUUUCCAAUAUUCACCACACAAUAGAUUCAAACGAUUUGAAGGUUGCAGUCAAAGCAGCUAUCAAUAUUCCUGAAAAUGGAGAACUGUUUUGCAGUUAUACGUAUUCGUUGUGGCCCACUUUGAUCCGACGAGAAUUUCUAAUUGAAAGUAAAUACUUCGAGUGUAAAUGUAACAGGUGUCAAGAUAAGACAGAACUUGGAACCCAUUUAGGAACCCUCAAAUGCAGCAAAUGCGACAAUGGAGUGCUUUUGAGCACUGAUCCACUAAGCUUCACCUGUGAGUGGAAAUGCACUCACUGUGAAUUCAAAACAAGCGCUAUGUCGGUUAAAAAAGUCUAUGAUAUUGUACAAAGAGAAAUAGAUUCUGUCGAAAUGAUUACAGGAGCUGAGGGAAUAGAAUGUAGAGAGGCUAUUUACAGAAAAUAUAGGUCAGUUUUUCAUCCUAAGAGUGCUUAUAUGACGAUAAUCCGCACAGCCUUGGCCCAACUUUACGGUCGAGCUGAAGGCUACACCAUCCAUGAAUUACCAGAUUUAUUACAGGAGAGAAAAGUAGAGUUAUGUAAGCAACUUUUAGACGUUUUAGACGUUAUAGAACCAGGUUUAACAAGGAUACGAGGAAUAACUUUAUAUGAACUUCAUGCUCCAUUAAUAAAUUUGGCCAGAAACCAAUACUCAUCUGGCGUAAUUAACAAAGACGAAUUUAGAAAAAAGAUGGAGGAAGCCAGUGAUAUUUUACGACAGUCGGUGGAGAUUCUAAAAAAUGAGCUUCCAAAUUCAAACGAAGGUCAACUAGGAUUAGUCGCCCAGGAAUCUUACGACACACUUAAAGAAAAUUUUGAACUACUUAUAGAAACCGCCUGAAAUCUGAAGUGUUUAUUCUGUC